AUGAAGACCGCAUCCGCAAUCGUCGCCCUCGCUGGCGUCGCUGUCGCUCAGCAGGCUGUUACCCAGAUCGCCGAUGGCCAAAUCCAGGCUGCCACAUCUGCCGUUGCUGGCGGUUCGGGCUCAGGCAGCGGGUCCGGAUCUGGCUCAGGUUCAGGCAGCGGCUCUGGAGCUGGACAGGGCGGUUCGGGCUCAGGCUCCGGCGCUGGUGCUCAGACUACCUACGCGUGCAACCCAGCGCAUCAGUACCCAGCUGGUCAGACUUGCACUGUUGUCAACGGCUCUUUGACUCUUGUGAUCGGGGCCCCGACUGCUGGUGCCGGUGGUGCUGGUCAGGGAGGAGCCAAUCAGGGAGGAGCUGGUCAGGGAGGAGCUGGUCAGGGAGGAGCAGGACAGGGUGGUGCCAAGCCAACCGGCGCCGUUGUCACGCAGAUCGGCGACGGCCAAAUCCAAGCACCAACAGGUGCAGCCAACACUGGCUCGGGCGCUGGCGGCAACACUGGCUCGGGCGCUGGUGGCAACACUGGCUCGGGCGCUGGCGCUAACACUGGCUCGGGCGAUGGCGCUAACGCUGGAUCAGGCUCCGGAAGCGGAUCUGGCAUGGGCUCUGGCUCUGGCUCUGGCUCUGGCUCUGGCAUGGGCAGCAAGGGUAUGUCGGUCACUCCAUACACUGGUGCAGGCGCCAAGGUCGCCGCCAGCGGUUUCUUCAUCGCUGCCGGCAUUGUUGCUGUCUUCGCUUUGCAAAGACCGGGUCGGCUGGGUCAACUCGGUCCCAGCAGCCAUGGCAAACUCGAUUUCUGCAUCGGUCAACAAGCCGUCCACCCUUCGCUUCGGAGCUCCGACAUUUCCAGCGCCACGUCAAUCUGGCGAGCGUCCACGUCAGCUAGCACAACGUUACCGCCGGGCACUGGGACACAACGAGAAGCGCGGGUCGUGUAUGUGCGACUACCACGACUACCCCGAGCUUCGAGCGGAGUGAAGCAGUACUCGAAUCCGACCUGUCUCAACCGAACCUUCCACCCCUUUAGGCGCUUGCCCGCCGAACUGCGAAACAAGAUCUACGGCAUGGUCCUCAAGUCUGACGAGGCACUCGAGUUCUGUCCCGAGCCUUUCGACUACGACGGCGAGGGCAGAGUGAGAGACGGCUGCGAUGGCGAACAGGCAUAUGAGAAAGUUCGCAAGCAUCACCGCGAGAAGACCGAAUCCCUACGUUCUGAUGCGGCCGCCCUCAUGCGCACCAACCAUACCAUCAGCGACGAAGCCGCGUACAUCUUCUUCUCCGAGAACGAGUUCAGAUUUAGCAACACCUCCGGCUGGAUCUCUCUCGACUUCUGGCUCUUCAUGACUGGGCUAAAGAAAGCAUCGAUGCUUCGCCACAUCACCAUCUGUUAUCCAACCUUUACCGUCAAGCCGAUUUCAAUCAGCAGCGAGUACACUUUCGCAAGCGGAUGUGUCUACUUCCAUGUUGGCCGCCCAAAGACUGCUGGCCAUGCGACCGUGCUCUCGGGACCAGGUUUCGAAUACAAGGGGCGCUGGUGGGAGGAGAAAAGCCUCACCAAUGACCCUACCCUCAUCAUCCAGAAAGCGAAGUCUCUACACCAACUUCGCUUUGUCAUUCCCGCCUUCUCCUGGCCAAACGGUGUCCGGGGCAGCCUCGAGAGUCCUGUGGACGCCAAGCAAUUCUACAGCCUGGACGUCGUGUAUGCUGGUGUUCGCAUCGAACCCACGGUCUACGCUUUCUCCUACUACCACCAGGGCCAGCGGAUCCCUUCUACUGUUAGUAAGUCCCGGACUGCUGCUCAAGCUCAUACCGACAAGACAGGCAAAAUCUGCAAGUACGAGGAUCAUUGGAUCGAUCGGAAUGGCGAGUGGUAUGACAGCAGUGGAGGUGAGAGUCAGAAGGUGAACGAGGAUCUAUAUUAUGGCAUCGAGGGUCUCUUCGCUGAGCAGUAA